CGUAAGGAAGAGGCUGAAUGAGGCGCCGCGCGGGGGCCGUGGGGCGCCGGGGGAGGAGGCGGCGGGAUGGGAGCAGACGCUGGCGUCGCGCGAGCCCGGGGCAGAGCGGCGCGGUAGAGAGGGCGGCGGCGGCGGCCACGCGCGCGGAGCCUUGACGUGCCCCUUUCUUUCUUCUCUCUGGGAAGCAUGAGCGUGCAGACCCGCCGCCGCGGCGGCCGCCCGGGCUCUUCGCCUCCCCCUCUUCUGGUCGCCCCUCGCCGGUGAGAGGAGAGAGCGCGAGAAGGGAAGAUGGGGGCCGUCCUGAGGAGCCUGCUGGCCUGCAGUUUCUGUGUGCUCCUGAGAGCGGCCCCUUUGUUGCUUUAUGCAAACAGACGGGACUUGCGGUUGGUGGAUGCUACAAAUGGCAAAGAGAAUGCUACAAUAGUAGUUGGAGGCCUGGAGGAUGCAGCUGCAGUGGACUUUGUCUUUGGUCAUGGCUUGAUCUACUGGAGUGAUGUCAGCGAAGAAGCUAUUAAGCGAACAGAAUUUAACAAAACUGAGAGUGUUCAGAAUGUUGUUGUUUCUGGAUUAUUGUCCCCUGAUGGGCUGGCAUGUGAUUGGCUUGGAGAAAAAUUAUAUUGGACAGAUUCGGAAACUAAUCGAAUUGAAGUUUCUAAUUUAGAUGGAUCUCUACGAAAAGUUUUGUUUUGGCAAGAGUUGGAUCAACCCAGAGCUAUUGCCUUAGAUCCCUCAAGUGGGUUCAUGUACUGGACAGACUGGGGAGAAGUGCCAAAGAUAGAACGUGCUGGAAUGGAUGGCUCAAGUCGUUUUGUUAUAAUAAAUACUGAAAUUUACUGGCCAAAUGGACUGACUUUGGACUAUGAUGAACGAAAGCUUUAUUGGGCAGAUGCCAAACUUAAUUUCAUCCACAAAUCAAACCUGGAUGGAACAAAUCGGCAGGCAGUGGUUAAAGGUUCCCUUCCACAUCCUUUUGCCUUGACGUUAUUUGAGGACACAUUGUACUGGACUGACUGGAAUACACACUCCAUUUUGGCUUGCAACAAGUAUACUGGCGAAGGUCUGCGUGAAAUCCAUUCUAACAUCUUCUCUCCCAUGGAUAUACAUGCCUUCAGCCAGCAGAGGCAGCCAAAUGCUACAAAUCCAUGUGGAAUUGAUAAUGGUGGUUGUUCUCAUCUGUGUUUGAUGUCUCCAGUCAAACCAUUUUAUCAGUGUGCUUGCCCAACUGGGGUCAAACUUCUGGAGAAUGGAAAAACCUGCAAAAAUGGUGCCACUGAAUUACUGCUUUUAGCCCGCAGGACAGACUUGAGACGCAUUUCUUUGGAUACACCAGAUUUUACAGACAUAGUUCUGCAGUUAGAAGACAUUCGUCAUGCUAUUGCCAUAGAUUAUGAUCCUGUGGAAGGCUAUAUCUACUGGACUGAUGAUGAAGUGAGGGCCAUACGCCGCUCCUUCAUAGAUGGAUCUGGCAGUCAGUUUGUGGUCACUGCUCAAAUUGCCCAUCCUGAUGGUAUAGCUGUUGAUUGGGUUGCACGAAAUCUUUACUGGACAGACACUGGCACUGAUCGGAUAGAAGUGACAAGGCUCAAUGGGACUAUGAGAAAGAUCUUGAUUUCAGAAGACUUAGAGGAACCCCGGGCCAUUGUGUUAGAUCCCAUGGUUGGGUACAUGUAUUGGACUGACUGGGGAGAAAUCCCGAAAAUCGAGCGAGCAGCUUUAGAUGGCUCUGACCGAGUAGUAUUGGUUAAUACUUCUCUUGGUUGGCCAAAUGGUUUAGCCUUGGAUUAUGAUGAAGGCAAAAUAUACUGGGGGGAUGCCAAAACAGACAAAAUUGAGGUUAUGAAUACUGAUGGCACUGGAAGACGAGUACUAGUGGAAGACAAAAUCCCUCACAUCUUUGGGUUUACUUUGUUGGGUGAUUAUGUUUACUGGACUGACUGGCAGAGGCGCAGCAUCGAAAGAGUACACAAACGAAGUGCAGAGAGGGAGAUCAUCAUAGAUCAGCUACCCGACCUCAUGGGGCUAAAGGCCACUAAUGUUCAUCGAAUCAUUGGUUCCAACCCUUGUGCUGAAGAGAAUGGGGGGUGUAGCCAUCUUUGCCUCUAUAGACCCCAGGGCCUUCGCUGUGCCUGCCCCAUUGGCUUUGAACUUAUUAGUGACAUGAAGACCUGCAUUGUCCCAGAGGCUUUCCUUUUGUUUUCACGGAGAGCGGAUAUCAGACGAAUUUCUUUGGAAACAAACAAUAAUAAUGUGGCCAUUCCACUGACUGGUGUCAAAGAAGCUUCUGCUUUGGAUUUUGAUGUAACAGACAAUCGAAUUUAUUGGACCGAUAUAUCACUCAAGACCAUCAGCAGAGCAUUUAUGAAUGGCAGUGCACUGGAACAUGUCGUAGAAUUUGGCUUAGAUUACCCAGAAGGCAUGGCAGUGGACUGGCUUGGGAAGAACUUAUACUGGGCUGACACAGGAACAAACCGAAUUGAAGUGUCAAAGUUGGAUGGACAGCACCGACAAGUUUUGGUUUGGAAAGAUCUAGACAGCCCCAGAGCUCUAGCCUUGGAUCCUGCUGAAGGAUUUAUGUAUUGGACUGAAUGGGGAGGAAAACCCAAGAUAGACAGAGCAGCUAUGGAUGGAAGUGAACGUACUACAUUGGUUCCAAAUGUGGGGCGGGCAAAUGGCCUGACUAUUGAUUAUGCUAAAAGAAGGCUUUAUUGGACAGACCUGGACACCAACUUAAUAGAGUCCUCAAAUAUGCUUGGACUGAACCGUGAAGUUAUAGCAGAUGACUUGCCUCAUCCUUUUGGCUUAACUCAGUACCAAGAUUACAUCUACUGGACUGACUGGAGCCGACGCAGUAUUGAGCGUGCCAACAAAACCAGCGGCCAGAACCGCACUAUUAUUCAGGGCCAUUUGGAUUAUGUGAUGGACAUCCUCGUCUUCCACUCCUCACGGCAGGCAGGGUGGAAUGAAUGCGCUUCCAGCAAUGGGCACUGCUCCCACCUCUGCCUGGCAGUGCCGGUUGGAGGUUUUGUUUGUGGGUGCCCUGCUCACUACUCUCUGAAUGCUGACAACAGGACUUGUAGUGCUCCUACCACUUUCCUGCUCUUCAGUCAAAAGAGUGCCAUCAACCGCAUGGUGAUUGAUGAACAGCAGAGUCCUGACAUCAUUCUUCCUAUCCAUAGCCUUCGGAAUGUCCGGGCCAUUGACUAUGACCCGCUGGACAAACAGCUCUAUUGGAUUGACUCACGACAAAACAUGAUCCGAAAGGCACAAGAAGAUGGCAGCCAGGGCUUUACUGUGGUGGUGAGCUCAGUUCCAAACCAGAACCUAGAAAUACAACCCUAUGACCUCAGCAUUGACAUUUAUAGCCGCUAUAUCUACUGGACUUGUGAGGCUACCAAUGUCAUUAAUGUGACAAGAUUAGAUGGGAGAUCAAUUGGAGUGGUGCUAAAAGGCGAUCAAGACCGACCCCGAGCCAUUGUGGUUAAUCCAGAGAAGGGGUAUAUGUAUUUUACCAACCUUCAGGAAAGAUCUCCCAAAAUAGAACGGGCUGCUUUAGAUGGAACGGAACGGGAGGUCCUCUUUUUCAGUGGCUUAAGUAAACCAAUUGCUUUAGCUCUUGACAGCAGGUUGGGCAAACUCUUUUGGGCUGAUUCAGAUCUCCGGCGGAUUGAAAGCAGUGAUCUCUCAGGUGCCAACAGGAUAGUGUUAGAAGACUCCAAUAUCUUGCAGCCUGUGGGCCUGACUGUAUUUGAAAACUGGCUGUACUGGAUUGAUAAGCAGCAACAAAUGAUUGAAAAAAUUGACAUGACUGGUCGAGAGGGCAGAACUAAAGUGCAGGCUCGGAUUGCCCAGCUUAGUGACAUUCAUGCAGUAAAGGAGCUGAAUCUUCAGGAGUACAGACAGCACCCUUGUGCCCAGGAUAAUGGUGGUUGUUCACAUAUUUGUCUCGUAAAAGGUGAUGGUACUACAAGGUGUUCUUGCCCCAUGCACCUGGUUCUGCUUCAAGAUGAGCUUUCAUGUGGAGAGCCCCCAACAUGUUCUCCUCAGCAGUUUACUUGUUUCACUGGGGAAAUUGACUGUAUCCCUGUGGCUUGGCGUUGUGAUGGGUUUACUGAAUGUGAAGACCACAGUGAUGAACUCAAUUGUCCUGUAUGCUCAGAGUCCCAGUUCCAGUGUGCCAGUGGGCAGUGUAUUGAUGGUGCCCUCCGAUGUAAUGGGGAUGCAAACUGCCAGGAUAAAUCAGAUGAAAAGAACUGUGAAGUGCUUUGUUUAAUUGAUCAGUUCCGCUGUGGCAAUGGCCAGUGCAUUGGAAAGCACAAGAAGUGUGACCAUAAUGUGGACUGCAGUGACAAAUCUGAUGAACUGGAUUGUUAUCCAACUGAAGAGCCAGCACCACAGGCCACCAACACGGUUGGUUCAGUAAUUGGAGUGAUUGUCACUAUUUUUGUGUCUGGAACUAUAUACUUCAUCUGCCAGAGGAUGUUGUGUCCACGCAUGAAGGGAGAUGGGGAAGCUAUGACCAAUGACUAUGUGGUUCAUGGACCAGCGUCUGUGCCUCUUGGUUAUGUGCCACACCCGAGUUCUCUGUCAGGGUCUCUUCCAGGAAUGUCUCGAGGUAAAUCAAUGAUCAGCUCCCUCAGUAUCAUGGGGGGAAGCAGUGGACCCCCUUAUGAUCGAGCACAUGUCACAGGCGCAUCAUCAAGCAGUUCUUCCAGCACCAAAGGCACUUACUUCCCUGCAAUUUUGAACCCACCACCAUCCCCUGCCACAGAGCGAUCACAUUACACUAUGGAAUUUGGUUAUUCUUCAAACAGUCCUUCUACUCAUAGAUCGUACAGUUACAGACCAUACAGCUACCGGCACUUUGCACCCCCAACCACACCCUGCAGCACAGAUGUUUGUGACAGUGACUAUGCUCCUAGCCGGAGAAUGACCUCGGUGGCAACAGCCAAAGGCUACACCAGUGACUUGAACUAUGACUCAGAACCUGUGCCCCCACCUCCCACGCCCCGAAGCCAGUACUUGUCGGCAGAGGAGAACUAUGAAAGCUGCCCCCCUUCUCCAUACACAGAGAGGAGCUACUCCCACCACCUGUACCCACCACCACCCUCGCCCUGCACAGACUCCUCCUGAGGAGGGGCCCUCCUCCUCUGACUGCCUCCGCCAUGAAGAAUGUAAAUACACAUUUGGUUGAGAUCUGGAGGGGGGGAGGGAACUAUUAGAGAAAGAUGAGGCAGACCAUGUACAGUUAAAGUUAUAAAACGGGGUAAGGAAUACUGGAGAUAUUUGUACAGAAGAAAAGGAUAUUUAUAUAUUUUCUUAAAACAGCAGAUUUGCUGCUUGUGCCAUAAAAGUUUGUAUAAAAAGUAAAUUUGUACUAAAGGUUUUAUUUUUGCAAACUGAACACACAAAGCAUGCCUUAAACCCAGUGAAGUGACCGAUACAAAGGAGACGGGAGUGAUAAAGGCAUCACUGACCAGGGAUGUCUGGGCUUUAUUGAUACCAAAAACUUUGAAAAAAGAAAAAGAAGAAAAAAGUCUAUUCCAGAGCAGCAAACCACAGAUACUUGGAAGUAGCCAAAUAGCCUUCAUGUUAACUAACAUUUGAGGGCCAAGUUAAGAAAUCAUGAAAGGAAAAAAAAAAAAA